AUGUCGGUUAAAUUCAAUUGUUCUAACGGUUUAAUCUGCAAUUUUUCUAUUGUUAUUUUCUUAUUUCUUAUUCCAUCAAGUCUUUUCUCCGUUUCAUCUGUAACAUUACAAACACCAACAUUGUCACAAUGUCAGGAUUUAUUGCUUGGUCAAUAUCGAUGUGAUUCGCCAAUAAUUGAUAAUUUUACUCAAGAACCUGUUGGUUGUCAACGUAAUCAUUCAUCUAAUGAUGAUACAGCACCCAUCUUGUGUUAUACAGCUCCAAAUAUAAGUUGUUCUAAUGGUAUUUAUAACGCAUCAACUGACACUUAUCUAUUUGAAAAACGUGUGAAAUGUCGUUGGACAAAUGGAAAAUAUUAUCGUACGACAAUUGCUUUAUCAUUAUUUUUGGGUAUAUUUGGUGUUGAUCGUAUCUACUUAGGUUAUUAUGUAAUUGGAUUAUUAAAAUUAUUUACAUGUGGUUUCAUGCUUAUUGGUGUCCUGAUUGAUUUAAUAUUAAUUAUCUUACAAAUAUUGCCACCUGCUGAUAAGUCGAAUUAUAUUAUUGAAUACUAUGGACCAAGAAUCAUUUGGAAUAUGGUGGCUCGUCAUAUAGAAAAUAUCAAGGAUUUAUUAUUCAAUGAACCAUUGUUUAAUAAUAAUGAUGGAGAUGAAGAAGUGAAAAUUAGCAGAUCAGCAAAAAGAAAAAGAAUAAAGAAACAAAAACAACAGGAAAUUCAAUCGAAGAAACAAGAAGAAGAAAAACAACAACCAAUUGAAACAAUUGUGUUUAAUGAUCCCAAAAAACGUCGCAAAAAUAAAAAAAUUUCAUCAACAUCAAUCCAGUCCACUAAUCGACUUGAUGAACAGGAAGAUGAGACCCAACAAGAUUUAGAUAAUAAAACUGGUGAACUUGAUUUGGAGAAAGCUCGCUAUGAUGUGUAUAAAUUUGGUAUAACAGGACUGGAAAAGACGAAAUAUAAAAAUGCUAGAAUAGCCUUAGCUGUUAGUCUUGGAGCCAAGCCGCCAAAACAAAAAUCGAUCAAUUAUCGUGAAUUCUUAGAAAAAUCGAAAGAAAACAAAGUGAAGGAAAAAGAAUCCAUUGAAAAUGCUCGUUUGCUGGGUGAUAUAUUUCGAAAAAAUCUAAGUUCAAAACAAAACAUAAAUCAACAUAAAAAUAGAAAAGCAUUGAUUAAUCGUGGUGACGUUGGACAUUUACCGUUCUCAUCUGUAGGAACAUUUAAAUCUGGUGUAUUGAGAUUAAGCAAAAGUGACAUUGCUUUGAAGUUCACAGUGUCAGGGUUAUUGAAAACGAACAUUUAUCGAUUUUUAACAACUCAGUUAAAUAUCAGCUCAUUAAAUGACCAUACAGUUUCAAAUAUUCUUUAUAAUAAUGACAAAACCUACGAUCUUUUACAUAACUGUUUACAAGUGAUUGAUAACUAUUUAACCGAUGAUGAAAAUCAACAAUUUUUAAAUGAACUAGAACCCUAUAUGAAACGAAAACGUUAUGAAUACAAUGAAAACUUCUUCUUUUCUUUUUGGGCAAUACAUGGUUAUCGUGAAACGGAAAAAUCCCAAUGGACUGUACAAAAUGAUCAAGUUAUAAAACGUGUUAAACAAUUGGCUUUUACUGAACCAACAAAAACACUCAUUGAUGUACAUGUGCUUGAUUUGGCUAAAGAUGGCUAUAUUAAACCUCAUAUUGAUUCUAUUCGGUAUUGUGGAACGACCAUAGCUGGUCUUUCAUUUUUAUCGCCAUCUGUUAUGAGACUGAUACAUGAGAAAGAGCCAACGUUAAUAGCAUACAUAUUAUUAAAACCAAAAUCAUUGUAUAUAAUGAAAGAUAACGCACGUUUUAUGUUUACACAUGAAAUAUUAAAUGAUAAAGAGUCAUAUUUCAACAAUGUACAUAUUCCACGAAAUAGACGUUUGUCAAUCAUCUGUCGAAAUCCUCCUUUAAAUCCAAAUGCUGGCUAA